AUGAAUUCAGGUACACUUCCUUCCCAAAGUAUGGAUAAAUCAGUAAAAAGUUCAGAUGAGGACACUUCUGAAGAAGAUGAAAUUAGCUUCUUCACGUAUCGAAAUAGUCAGCCGAUCAAUUUUGUAGAAACUCAAACUCGUAAGGUCAUUAUUGAUGACGAUGACGAUGAUGACAUUAUUAGUUUUGAACCGGCCAACAAAAGACAAAAGAAGGGAAAUACGAGAUCAAAAAGUACGGAAUUAGACGAUUCCGAGAUAAUUAGUUGUAAAUCAUUUGCUUGGGCUUUCAAUAUUAUUAGAACGUAUUUAUCGAACAAUGAGGAUUAUCUCAUCUGCACAUCGACCGUGGAUACGGAUGCUCUUCGUCGACAAGUCGAGAAAGAAUUGGAAUCAGAUGAAAUAAUCAUGAAAGCUAACAGUAUGAUGGCAGAAGUACUACGACGAAAAAUUGACGAACAUGAGGACACCCAUUCUCAGAAUCCUGACGAAGAUCUUGAUGAACAUCCCAUCAGCGGCACUCAAACAAAUAAGUUUGUUCGCAUUCCUAUUCGAAUUGGUGAUAAAAUCAAGCGAUACAAAUUAUUGGAGACUGAGCCAUUUCAAGUUAUUGCGGAAACAAUAGCUCGAGAAGAAAUGAUUGGCGUGGAUCAGGUUUUAAUCUCUAGAAAAGAUCUUGAUAUCAAACUGGAUGAUACUCCACAAUCGAUUAAUUUUUCAGUUACAGAUAUACUCGAUUUUUUCGUUAUCAAAAAGCCAACUCGAACUGAAAAGUGCCAGACUGAUUCAAUUCUAACGAUAAAAAUUCAAAGUGAUGAUAAAAGUCGCGCUACAAAGACAUUCAAGGUCCAUAAACUCAAGCCUUUGGAAACUGCAUUUAAGGAAUAUGCAAAAUUUCAUCGGAUACCUUUAUCGUCGAUUGCUUUCUCUAUCGAUGGGGAAAGAAUUGAUUUGAAAAGGACGCCAGUAUCCCUAGAAUUAGAAUCUGGUGAUAUAAUUGAUGCUCGUAUAAUUGCAGAUACUACAUAA